AUAACAAGGCCAAUUUCGUUUCUUAAUUGUUUAUUUUAAUUACUAUUUAAGUUAUAAUUGUAUUUAUUUUUUUUAUCUUCGCGUUAAGAAGAAAUUCUCAAAUAACCCAAAAAAAAAACGUGCCUGGAAAACCAACAACAAUAAAUUAAAUAACCUUAUCGUUCACCUUCGUCUAAAAAUUUCGCCACAAAUCAUAUAAAACCGAGAAUGCAAACUGCUCAAUUCCUUAUGUUAAAAAUUGAUCAAAUUCGUUGUUUUAAACCGCCGAAUUUAGUUCUUAUUUUAGCUGAUGAUUUGGGUUAUAACGACGUGGGAUUUCGUGGAAAUAACCAAGUAAAAACGCCGAACAUCGACGCUUUGGCUUAUAACGGGGUGAUUUUGGAUAAUUUUUACACUUUACCAAUUUGUACACCAUCACGAGCUGCUUUAAUGACUGGGAAUUACCCGAUAAAAUCAGGUUUUCAAGGUUUUCCAAUGAUGGCGGGCGAAGAACGUCAUUUACCAUUUAAUAUGCCAACUUUACCGGAGCAAUUACAAAAACUGGGUUAUCAUACCAAUUUAGUUGGAAAAUGGCACUUGGGGUAUGCUUAUAGAAAUGUUACCCCAAUUUCGCGAGGAUUUAACACCCACUAUGGAUAUUACAAUGGUUACAUCGGCUAUUUUAAUCAUAAAAUACGCGAAAAAGAAAUGGAUGGAUUGGAUUUUAGGGAUAAUUUUGAAGUAAAUCAUCAAGACGACGAUUUUUACGCAACAGAUCUUUUCACUAAACGAUCAAUUAAAAUCAUUAACGAUCAUAAUUACGAAAAAAAUCCUUUAUUUUUAAUGAUAUCCCAUUUAGCGCCACACACCGGGAAAACAUUAUCUCCAGGUGUUACAAUUUUAGAAGAAAAAAACACAGAGGAAAUGAACGAAAAUUUCGGAUACAUCAAAGACAUUAAUAGAAGGAAAUAUGUUGAUGUUGUAAAGUCUUUAGAUGAUUCCGUUGGAUUGGUUAUGGAGGCUUUAUCGAAUAGGGGGGUUUUAGACGACACUUUUAUCCUUUUUAUGAGCGAUAAUGGGGGAAUUACCACCGGGCUUCAUUCGAAUUUUGCCUCAAAUUGGCCUUUAAAAGGACUAAAAAAUUCAAAUUAUCAAGGAGGAAUUAAAGGAACUGCAAUUUUUUAUAGCAAACAUCUAACGUAUAAAAGAAAAAAUAAUUAUAACUUAAUGCACAUCACAGAUUUAUUACCAACGUUUUAUGCAGCUGGAGGGGGUGACACAAAAGAUUUGGGGGAAAUUGAUGGCAAAAAUCAAUUAUUAACCUUGUUAUUCAACAAACCAACUACAAGAAAAGAAGUUUUAAUCAAUAUAGAUGAAGUUUUAAACGGUUCGGGGAUUAUUUCGCACGGAGGAAGAUUCAAAUUAGUUCAAGGCGUUAUGAUGAACGGAAAUUUUGACGAUUACCACGGAGUUUCGGGUAGAUUAAAAGAGGACGGAUUUUACGACGUCGAAUCGAUCCUAAACAGCCCGACCAACUUAGUUUUAAACAAAAAAGAAUUCACAUUAAAACCCGAAGAUGUUUUGCAAAUACGAAAAAUCACCUCGACCAAAAACUGCCGGGGAUUCUCCAAUUACAACAUAACCUGCGAUUUAUGCCUGUUCGAUUUAUACAAAGAUCCGUGCGAAAGAAUCAAUUUAUCCGAAACCAACAAAAACUUAGUUAACGAAUUAAAAGGAAGAAUCGAUUUUUUUAACCGACAAUUAAUCCCGCAACAAAAUAAAGGCAUCGACCCGAGAGCUAAUCCAGAAUUAUUUAAUUCAACUUGGAGUUAUUGGUUAAAUUAAACGUCAAAAAAGUGAAUUAAAAUUAUUUAUUAAGGUUUAUAAUAAAACUUUUGGUUUGCCGCUUUGUUGUGGCCAACUCCACUGAC